UCGAGCCUCUGGGACACAACAUGAAUUACAGAAUAAAUAGGAAAUGUAUAGAAAUGCGAAAAGUCACUAAUUUUAUGCGCAUACCUUAGAAGUAGCCCAUUUUCGGGUGAAGAGGUAAUGGCAAGGCCGCGAUCUAAAUUACCAAUUAACUAUUCUGAAGUGGUCUUUAUAAACGAGCCGUGAGGCAAGGCAGUGGCAAGGCAGUGCCAUUCCUAAACCUGACCAAGAAUGCCUCCAAAUAGUAACGAAACGACCGGCGUGCUCUACGAGUCGGAUGCGGAGACGCAGGACGGCGGCUUGAAGAAGGACCUAUCCCAGCUGAAGACCACGGAUGGCAGCAAACUGCAGCUAGUAUGGCUCAACAUAGUCCUCUUCAUUAUCCUGCACGUAUCCUCGCUGUACGGGGUGUGGCUUAUUUUUACGGAGGCCGACUGGCGCACCACCGCGGCAUUCCUAGUGGUUGGUACGAUCAGCGGUUUGGGCAUUUCCGGAGGAGCACAUCGCCUGUGGUCGCACCGGACCUUCAAGGCCAAUCUGCCGCUGAAACUCAUCUUCAUGUUCUUGAACACAAUAGCCUUCCAGGACGCGGUCUAUAUCUGGGCCCGAGAUCACCGAGUGCAUCACAAGUUUACCGAAACGGACGCAGAUCCGUACAAUUCGCAGCGGGGAUGGUUCUUCUCACAUAUCGGGUGGUUAUGCUGCAAGAAGCAUCCAGAGGUGUUGGCCAAGGGCAAGCAGAUCGAUCUCUCCGAUUUGGAACGAGAUCCGGUGGUCAUGUUCCAGAAGAAGUACUAUCUAAUACUGAUGCCACUGCUGUGCUUCAUCCUGCCCACCGUCCUGCCCAUGUACUUGUGGGGCGAGUCCCUCAAGUGCUCCUGGCACAUAGUGGCCCUGCUCCGAUGGUGCGUGACCCUGAACCUGAUCUGGCUGCUGAACAGCUCCGCCCACGUGUUCGGCAAGAGGUCCUACGACAAGUCAAUUAGUCCCACGGACGAGUCGUUCCUCAUCUGGCUGAGGUACGGCGAGGGCUACCACAACUACCACCACGUCUUCCCGUGGGACUACAAGAGCGCCGAGCUGGGGGCGUAUUCCAACGACCUAACCACUGGGUUCAUCAACUUUUUCGCCCGGAUAGGAUGGGCCUACGACUUGAAGAGCGUGUCCCCGGAGCUGGUGCAGAAGCGGGUGAUGCGAACGGGCGACGGCUCCCAUCCCGUUUGGGGCUGGGGCGACAAGGAUCAUCCCUGCGAGGAUAUCCGGGAGACUACCAUCACUCACAAACGAAAGGUCCAAUGAGGAUCAACUCGGACUUGGAAGAUUAUAAUUGCCUGAAACCUACGUAGUUCAAGAUUCCAUUUUUGUUAAGUAACUUUUUCUCCAAUAAACUAUUCUUUUUUGUUUUUAAUUCCAUUCUAUUGAAAACAAAAGCGA